GAAAAAUCCCAUUCCAGUUGCAAACGACAUCGUUUUCAAGAAGUACGUAGGCGCCUCCCUCCAUCACCGUUCCAUUUCGAUUCUAAUAGUUCGCAGACUUCCACUUUCCAUCUUACUCUGAUCUGCGAGACAGAAACAAUCCAGAGAUAGUUAAACAUGGGGGACAGACGCGUCUAUGGUCUGAUAUUGUUUGUAGGUAUUCUAUUUCCAAUUGUACUGAGUGAUAAAGAGCAACUGAGCUCAAGGGAAUGUGAGGAUCUAGGGUUUACAGGCCUUGCUCUUUGUUCUGAUUGCAACACUUUGGCUGAGUACGUCAAGGAUAAAGAGUUAGUAUCUGAUUGCUUGAAGUGUUGCACUGAGGACUCUGACGAUUCUACAAGCAAGAUUACCUAUUCUGGUGCAGUACUGGAGGUCUGCAUGAGGAAGCUGGUUUUCUAUCCUGAAAUAGUAGGCUUCAUCGAAGAAGAGAAGGAUCAGUUCCCUACAGUUAAAGUUCAAUAUGUCUUCAACUCACCACCAAAAUUGAUCAUGCUGGAUGAAGCGGGGCAGCAGAAGGAAACAGUCAGAAUCGAUAACUGGAAACGGGAACAUGUGUUGCAAUUCCUACGAGAGAAGGUCAAACCUGUUUCAGCAAGUUGAUGUAUUGGUCUGCUUUUAAUUUCUGGCUCUGGAAUUGUACCAUGAAUGAUUAAUUGGUAACCUUAAAUGGAGAAGAGAAACAAAAUUCCAACAUAAUGAAGUAUACAGUAAAGUUGAUUUCCUAUUCAUUUUGGUUUUAAUAUGCAGUGAAGCUGAUUAUGAACUAA